UUCAAAAAGAAUGAAUUUCGCUCUCAAAAUAUCUUUUUUUUCCGAUCAUUCGGGGUCCGCGUUUGGAGAAAGGUUAAUAAACGGAUCGUACACGGGUGUACUGGGCGAGGUUGUUUACGACCGGGCAGACGUGUCUUUCAACAGCCGUUUCCUGAACGAUCCGAUGAUCCACAAGCCGUAUCACUACACCCGAAACAACGGUUUGGAUUUCAUAUGUUUUAUCGUGCCCAAAGCCGAAACGCUGACAAGACUGCAGAUACUGUGGAUGACUUUCACCGUUGAAGUUUGGCUGUGUGUAGCUGUCACGUACGCGUUGAUGACCAAGUCUUUUCAGAUUUUUAACAAAUUGAAUUUGUCUGGCGGACGGAAAAUAUCCGAUCCGUUUAUGACUAGCCUUCAGGUUGUUUUGGGCAUGGGCGUUUGUAGUUUGCCAAAACAUGUGGCUGGGCGUAUAUUUUUCGUAUCAUGUUCAGUGGCUUGUUUCGUUAUCGUCAUCUUAUUUCAGGCAUCAAUGGUGACCAAGUUGAGCACAGAAACCAGUCAUAAAGAGAUCGACACAUUGGAGGAACUCGAUAAGAGUGGAAUGGAAAUCCGAACUUCGUUGCGUUAUGUUCGGGAUGCCCUGGCGAUAUAUUCAACGACGAAAUCUCUUGCAAAUAAAAUAAAUUUAGAAAAAGAUAGACAAGGUUAUAUUGCGUCAAAAUUUGUUUUUGUUGCAAGAAUCAUGAAUUUGAGUCUCUCAAAGUAUUCAAAUUUUAUUGGGCACUUUGAACAACAAGGUGUUGCAUUGCACAUAGUCAGGGAAUGUCUACUGAAAUAUUACCUGACUUAUGCAAUUGCAAUUGACUUUCCGUUUUUGGACGAGCUAAAUGAUCUUCUUACGCGUUUUCAAGAAGCCGGAAUUACCUACAAGUGGAAAACAGAUAUUCAAAAGUUAGAACUAGUUUAUUAUGAGCCACUAAAUUCCAACUCAUCAAAAGGCUUAAAAGCGUAUUCAUUGAAUGAUUUGUGGUUUGCUUUUGUUUUUUUGUUCGUUGGCUACAUAUUGUCAAUGAUUGCGCUAAUGUUGGAAUUUAUUUUCAAAAAAUUUAAAAAAUAAGAUCACGGCUCAGAUAUUUGUUUUCGACGCAUAAAACGACGUACAUCAGUGGCAUACAUUUAAAUUGUAAAGAACAGAAGAUAUCAUACAUAUAUGGUUUAAUUAUUGUAAAAUGCGCGGUGAUAAACAAAUAACUUUUUUUAUUUUGAUGAUAAAUGAUAUACAGCGUACCUAUAUUUAAGUGUGCGUUUAAUCGUUCUACCAUCAAAAUCAAUAAGUCUCAUUGGCGGAGAUCCUGUAAAAUAUUUAGUGAAGUUUAAGUAUUUGGUAGCAAAUAGAUUUACGGAGGCCGUACCGCUAUACACACCCAUGGCUUAUCGUUACAAGUUACAACAUUAUACUUUUAUUUUAUAGAAUUUUUCUGUUAUGUUACCGAAACCGACCGAACUGAAAAGAAUAAAUACAGUAUUUCACGGAACUGGAACUUGG